AUGGUUUAUUCAAAGCCACUAAAAUUUCUCGUCGUCCUCAUCCUCUUAUCAUUUGCCAAGGGAUUUGCACUAUCAGGUGAUUGGAGUCUUACAAAAGCAACAGGAGAUCCUACAGCCAAUGGCUUUAGCAAUGCUGUAAAUUCAGGCAUUCCUUUUAUAGAUACAGAUUCACAUGUCCCUACUAAUCUAGACUCAAAUGUUGGCUGCAGCUCAACAAGCCUAGACGGGAGUCAAACCUGGAGUUUUACAGCAAGCGCAAGUGACUUAUUCACUGACCCUACAGAAUACGCAUUUGGAUUUUGGGUAAACUUUGAAAAAACUACUAGCGACAAAGUUUUUCAAUUUGGAUCUGACUUUAGCCAGCAUUAUAUUGUCUCAUCAACUAAGGAUGGCACCUUAAAACUUUCCUUCUUUUCAGACACGACAACCACUGAUCCAGCUAAUGACAUUUCCUUCACUGUCCCUUUAAGUAAUUCCUAUACAGACAAGUGGCUCUUUAUUGCGUUUCACUUUAAAGAUAACUGAAGCACUAAGACUUUAGAUGUUAUAUUGACUGGCACAGCAAAAAUUUCCAAAACUUCUGCUGCUUUUAUUAUGCCUGGUGGAAGAUUUUAUUUUGGAAAGUCAAUUAAGGGAAAGUUCCAUAGGGUUGUUCUUGCAAAGAGUGCUGACAUAAGUGGUGCUCCCUAUGAUACAAUAACAUUAAAUGAUGGCACAGAUCCGUCUAUUAUAGCGGCGCCUUGCUCUCCUGCUGGAACUUGCAUUGAUAGCAUAUGCCCUCAAAAUUUCAAAAGUCUUACAGGCUCCAUGUGCUUAUCAUCAUUACAGUAUUGCACCUCUUGCUCUCAAUAUGCAUGCUUGACUUGCGAUCCUGAUUCAGCUAGAGAGAAGUUGUAUUAUUGCCAAGCUUGCAAGGAUGAUGGCACUAUUAAUGAACUUAAAAAUUAUCACUGUAAUUUCUACUUAGGUUGCGCCAAAGCCAAUCAUUGUGCUGAAUGCUCAGUAAAAAACACUCAAUGCGAUGUAUGUGAAACUGGAUACUUCCUUAAUGACGAUAGUGUCGCUUCAACAACAUCUUGUCUUUGUAAGAUUUUAUUUAGCUUGUGCCGACUCCUGCACAACUUGCGAGCCAGGUCCAGAGUGCUAUACUUGUGCUCAAGCGAUAACUCAAACAGGAACUACUUGCAGAGUCGAUUCUGUUGGAUUCGAGGUCAGCUUCGAUGGUCAGAAUAUCGUGCUUGACUUUGCUCAUCCGCUUAAAACUGGGCUGUCGAAAAGUUCAUUUACAGCUACUUCAAACUCAGGUGCUGAUAUCCCUACAGGUACAUGGACUAUCACUGGCUGCGCAGCAGGCUCGAAGCAAUGCAAAGUUAAUGCUCCUAGUGUUCAAGAAACCGAUCUUCCAAUUACACUAGACUCUGAUUUUGCUCAAGUCUAG